GAAGAAGUGGUCACCGUCUUGACCACAAAAGUCUUCGCAGCCCUUCAUUUCAGCGGAUGGGAGGAAGUACUCGCUCACCAGAUUACUCUUUGUUCAUUCCACUUCAAAGUAGAUUCCAAUUCAAUUUCCAAUCUCAUUUCACAUUCACAUUAACAUUCUGCAUUUUAGUUGCACAGCUAUGUCUUCUAACUCCUCUAAACCAACGAUCUUAAUCGUACACGGAGCAUGGCACUCAGCCGUUCACUUCGGUCCUCUCAUCGAACUCCUCACCAAAGCAGGCUACCAAACAGUCUGUCCCACACUGCCCACUUUCAACUCAAAGCCACCGAUGAAGGAUCUAUAUGAUGAUUCCAAAUUCAUUCAAUCCAUCCUCAAACACCUAAUCGAGGAAGAAGAGAAGGAUGUGAUCGUGGUCGCGCACUCGUACGGUGGAAUUGUCGGCACCCAAGCUCUGACCGAGGACCUCAGCUCGAAAGCACGGGCCAAGAAAGGUCUGAAGGGAGGUGUAACACAUUUGCUAUAUAUGGCAGCGUUUGUCCUGGAAGUAGGCGGUACACUUGCCAAUGCCCUCGGAGGAUCUCUCCAACCUUUCAUCCCAGUCGCGGACGACGGAUCAACCACAAUGAUGGACCCCGAAAUGCGUUUCUACAACGACCUCUCACCUGAAGAGCAAAAGCGAUGGGUCGCUGAGCUGAGGCCUCAUCCAGCCGUCACAAAUUUCUCGCCAUUGACGAACCCGGGAUAUGAUUAUGUGCCUUGCACGUACCUCUUCUGUGAGAAUGAUCAGGGUCUGCGGUUGGAGAAGCAGAAAGCUAUAGUUGAAGCUGCUGGAGUGAAGAUGAAGGAGGUUAGUUGCGGGAGUGGGCAUAGUCCUUUUUUGAGUAUGCCGGAGAAGGUUGUGGAGGUUAUCGAGGGGUUGGAGGACUGAGUAUUGUGCCAUUGUUGCGUCGUUUCCCCUUGGCUCCCGUUGAUUCAGGGUCAAAUUCUGUAGACCUCACGUUGUUGUCAUAUUGAAUGUUCAACCGAUUACCGGAUAGAAAGUAUAUUUUGAUUUGAUGCGUCUUAAAAGAGGUUUAUAGAAGUUUUUCUAGGUUUCAAGGGUCAUAUUGAGUAGCCUGAUAUCCUGUGUAGCUUAAUGUAAACUUUUCGAGCGGCAUGAUGACCAGACGGCGUCGAAGAUGAUUGGUUUGGUCGCUCGCCGACGACAG